GACGCCUAUCGCGACGCAUCUCGAGGCGUUAAUCUCUCGUAAACGGGGCGGCGCGUUUGAUCGUCGCCGAUCAGCUGUUUCAUUCCGCGACGAUCGGGGUUAUAUCCAGAGGUUACUGUCGCGCUCGAUUACGUAAAAUCGGCCGUGCAAAAUCAACAAACGAGGAAAAACAUCGGCCGGAUAUUUUGCGCGACACGUCGCGAGGCCCCAGCGGCUCCCGCGCGUGUCCUUAUCUCGAGAGAGAAAGAAUACGCAAAAGGCGACAAAUUCCGGUGUGCGUAAUCGCUAUUUGUGCGCGCGCGCGCACGCUGCCUCGUGACGACGAGAUCGAAUUCGCAGUCAAAGUUUCAAGAAAUCGAGAAAUUCGCGUCAGACGUCGAGAUUUACGACGUCAAUAUUUGACAAAUGUCGCGUUUUAUCCAUGCGUCAUUAGCGUCUUGUUAACAAUCUGUUAACGAUUUAUCAGUCGUUAGCGGUUUUACUCUGUCUACCGGCGGCCUCGAGCACGUAAAAAUGUACAAGGCGAGGACAGUAUUUAAUACGCUGGCCCCGUUGGCGCCGCGUAUAUGCGGACCCGAAAGAUACGCAUCCUGGGUCGUCCGCAGUCAUCCUUUGACCAGGACCAGUCAAGUGAUCUUCACGAAGACCGCGCGCAAAUAUAACAGUAGUGUGACAACAGAACCCUUCCUAAAUGGCAGUACGAGUUCUUACGUGGAGAAUAUGUACAAUGCGUGGCUACAGGAUCCGCACAGCGUGCACAUAUCAUGGGAUUCCUUCUUUCGAAACAGCACCGCUGGAGCUGCACCAGGGCUUGCAUAUCAGGCACCACCAUCCCUUGCUCCAAGCUACAAUCAAGUACCGCUCGGAGCUUUGUUGCCCCUGGGUGGCGGACCGCAACUCGGCCAGGCACCCGUCAACGAAAAAAUUAUCGAUGAUCAUCUAGCGGUGCAAGCUAUUAUUCGUUCUUAUCAGAUUCGUGGCCAUCAUAUCGCUAAAUUGGAUCCACUCGGCAUCAACAGCGCUGAUCUGGAUGAUAGACAUCCGCAAGAAUUACUCUAUACCCAUUAUUCAUUCGGGAAGAUACAACGUACUACUUUCUCACAGGAUCUACAAUAUCGGGUAGCUGUCCUAAUGCAAAAGGAGUCAGACAUGGAUCGCGUUUUUAAAUUGCCAUCGACCACGUUUAUCGGUGGCAAGGAGAAAUCGUUGCCGCUACGCGACAUCCUGAAACGGCUUGAGGCCGCUUACUGCGGCCACAUCGGUGUCGAGUUCAUGUUCAUCAACUCCUUGGAACAGUGCAACUGGAUCAGGCAGAAGAUGGAGACACCCGGAAUCAUGGAAAUGACCAACGAUGAGAAAAGGCUUAUUUUAGCAAGAUUGACACGCGCAACUGGAUUCGAAGCGUUUUUGGCGCGCAAAUGGUCCUCGGAGAAGAGAUUCGGCCUGGAGGGUUGUGAAAUUUUGAUUCCAGCUAUGAAACAAGUGAUCGACAAAUCCACGGAAUUGGGUGUCGAAUCGAUUGUUAUGGGUAUGCCUCACCGUGGUCGUCUUAAUGUUCUCGCUAACGUCUGUCGCAAACCGUUGAGCCAGAUAUUCACCCAAUUUGCUGCUCUUGAAGCCGCCGAUGAUGGUUCUGGUGAUGUGAAAUAUCACUUGGGUACAUACAUCGAGCGGCUGAAUCGCGUAACGAAUAAGAACAUUCGUCUCGCCGUGGUUGCGAAUCCAUCGCACUUGGAGGCUGUAGAUCCGGUGGUUCAAGGCAAAACGCGCGCCGAACAAUUUUAUCGUGGCGAUGGCGAAGGGAAGAAGGUGAUGUCCAUUCUUCUUCACGGAGAUGCAGCGUUCUGCGGUCAAGGCAUUGUCUUCGAGACAAUGCAUCUAUCCGACCUCCCUGAUUACACCACUCACGGUACUAUUCACAUUGUCGUGAAUAAUCAAAUUGGAUUCACCACGGAUCCAAGGCAUUCACGAUCAUCGCCAUAUUGUACUGACGUAGCUCGAGUGGUGAACGCGCCCAUCUUCCACGUGAACUCCGACGAUCCCGAGGCCGUGAUGCAUGUGUGUAAAGUAGCGGCGGAAUGGAGGGCCACCUUCCACAAGGAUGUUGUGAUCGAUCUAGUUUCCUAUAGACGUAACGGUCACAACGAGAUCGACGAGCCGAUGUUUACGCAACCUCUGAUGUACCGCAAGAUCAAGGAUACUCCGCCAGCUCUCGACAAAUACGCUAAUUCGCUCAUUACCGAUGGCGUCGUUACUCCUGAGGAAGUAAAGGAUGUUAAGGCUAAAUACGAAAAGAUUUGCGAAGAAGCGUAUAAUAACGCCAGGCAGGAAACAAACAUCAAGUACAAGGACUGGUUGGACUCGCCAUGGUCUGGUUUCUUCGAAGGAAAAGAUCCAUUGAAGGCAUCACCCACUGGUAUUAAAGAAGACACACUCGUACACAUUGGCAAAAAAUUCUCGUCGCCACCGCCGAAUGCCGCUGAGUUUAUCAUCCACAAAGGUAUCGAGCGUAUUUUAAAGGCUCGCAUGGAAAUGAUCGAGGCUAGAACUGUUGAUUGGGCUCUCGGCGAAGCUAUGGCUUUUGGAUCUCUCCUUAAAGAAGGUAUCCACGUCCGUUUGUCAGGCCAGGAUGUGGAGAGAGGCACAUUCUCACACAGACAUAACGUACUACAUCAUCAGAAAGUCGACAAAGCAACUUACAGGCCACUCUGCUAUCUGUAUCCCGAUCAGGCACCUUACACAGUGUGCAACAGCUCCUUAUCCGAAUUUGGCGUCCUUGGAUUCGAGUUAGGCUAUUCUAUGACAAAUCCUAACGCAUUGGUAUGCUGGGAAGCUCAAUUCGGAGAUUUCAACAAUACAGCGCAAUGUAUAAUCGAUCAGUUUAUCAGCAGCGGUCAAGCCAAGUGGGUUAGGCAAUCCGGUUUGGUCAUGUUACAACCUCACGGUCUCGAAGGAAUGGGUCCUGAACACUCUAGUGCUCGUCUAGAACGUUUCCUUCAAAUGUCUGCUGAUGAUCCGGAUUACUUCCCACCUGAAAGCGAAGAGUUUGCCGUGCGUCAGCUGCAUGAUAUCAACUGGAUCGUUGCAAAUUGCAGCACACCGGCCAAUUACUUCCACAUUCUGAGACGGCAGAUCGCGCUGCCGUUCAGGAAGCCAUUGGUCCUAAUGACACCAAAGUCGCUGCUCCGUCAUCCGGAGGCCAAGUCCAGCUUUGAUUUGAUGUUAGAAGAUACUCACUUCCUCAGAGUGAUACCGGAAGAGGGUACGGCAGCCCAGAAUCCCAACAACGUCAAGAAGCUGCUGUUCUGCUCUGGAAAGGUUUAUUACGAUCUGAAGAAAGCUCGCGCUGAACGGAAUUUGGAUGACAAGAUUGCGAUUGCCAGAGUGGAACAGAUUUCGCCCUUCCCGUACGAUCUUGUCAAGAAAGAAGCUGCAAAGUAUCCCAAUGCAGAAUUGUUGUGGUCUCAGGAAGAACAUAAGAAUCAAGGCGGGUGGACUUACGUGCAGCCAAGAUUCCACACGGCGCUCAAUGGCACCCGAAGUGUAACCGGUGCGUCAGAAAGUGAGAGUGAUCGAGGAUGGUUAGCUGAUUUGUUUUCGUCACCAAAACCGAAAAAAACCACAAUUGUGUCAGAGCAGUCAACAGAACCUACUGAACCAAAGCAGAGAACAGUGAGCUAUGCUGGACGUCCUACAUCGUCAUCACCCGCAACUGGCAGUAAAGUGCAACAUCUCAAGGAACUCAAGCAACUACUUGACGACUCCCUUAAUUUUUAAUGAUUUUUUUUAGCGCUAUAUGUAGAAAACUGAAGAUUUAUUUAUUUUUCUCAUAAUGUAUGCAUUACAAUAUCUUUGUGUCCUGCUCGUCAUAUAACAUACAACAGAGAUUAUACCGUAGUCGUUUAAACAACUUCUUCAUAGUGGCGUCUCUUACAUUUAAGUUUGCAUGCGCACGAAUGUAUCAUGUUCGUUCGUUAAAAAAAUCUGCGUUUUUAUAACUCUACACAAUAUAUGGGCAGUAUAAACUUAACUAAAUAUGGUAGUCUUCAGUUACUACUUACUAUCCGAUAAUUGAUCGUUAGGUUUUUCUUAUUUUUAAGAAUAUCUUUUAGCUAUUUAUACUACUGAUUUAUGAUGAGCAACUUUUAUCUAUAUAUGCAUUUCUUAUUUAUAUGUGUUAUAAUCUGCACAUUUUGUUCUUAAUAAACAACUCGAUUACGCAUAUGUAUGCUGCUUGAUGUGCACGAUUGAAAAAGCAGUAGAACUUUUAAUCAGUAUCUCGUCGUCAGUUAAUUUUACAGAUAUAUAUAUCUAUCAAAAUAUCUUUGGUUUAUAUAUACACAUAUAAUGCCUUUUUGUUUAUAUAUACAUACAUAUGGAUAAAAGAGAAAUACUUGCUAGUCGAUUGAUCUUUACAUAACAUGAGACAUUCGUGCGUCAGUCAUCCUCAGUACUUCAUUUUAUUUGUACUUUAUUGAAUUAAUCUCUUGUGUAAAAUUGAUAAGUUAUAAAAGGAAAAAAGUAUUAUUAAUUUAUAACGAUGUUACGUAGCGCGUACAUUUUAACGAAUAGCAAUUAUUCUGAAGCAUACUUUCACAAAAUAACUGUCCAUGGCAAAAGGCUAUGAGAAAACACAUGGCAAUUUUUUUUUCUUUUAGUAAUUUAUGCCAUGGAAAUAGUUGCCAAUUACUUUAACUUUUUAUUCUUACUGUAUUCUUGUAAAAGGUUAAAUAAUUGGCGGUUUUGCAGUGCGUUUUUGACGCAGACGUGUGACGUAGCACUAUUACUCGAGUUAUCUCGCAGUUUCAGUUACACUAACGCAAUAUUAAAUUGAAGGGUGUUUCAAUUUUCAAUGUUGUGUAAGCUUAAAAAAAGUGUGUCAACCGAAAUCUUAGUGCUACCCCAUGGACAGUAUCAGUGAAUGCUUCAGUAAAAGGUUGAGAAUAAAGGAUUGAGAGUAGAAGACAAAUUAGUAAUACUUAAAUAGCAUCUUUAGGGAUUAAUUUUAAUAAUUAUUAUUUAACCGGGGCAUCUAUGGCUCGUAUGGGUCGCUGUGCGUAGUAUGCAAAGAUGUGCAUAUGCACGGUAUAUUUAUAUUCUUCUAUCUGUACUAUUUAAAGAUGAGACGCGAAGGUAUUUUGAGAAGUAUCGUUACACACCUUAUUGACUGGAAGAAAGUAUUGUUACUUGACGCGUAAUAUUUGUUUUAUGAUGCGCGGGGAUGAAUCAGUCUUAUUUUGCUUGAUGCAUAUGGAGUGAUAUUUAUGUGACAUCUCACGAUCUAGCACGAUAUUAUUAUUUAGACGGCCCAAUGAAAGUUGCAGUACCUAUCGUUACACUUGUUCCUACUCGUUACAUCAUCGUGUGCGUUUAUAACGAUUAGUACGAGAGCACACGUGGGUGAAAAUGUUAAACAGAAACAGAUUUCCUCCCUCCCAAGUAAGUAUCUGACACUUUAAAAUUUGGUUUGGCGCAAACCGCUGAUAUUAUUCCCGAUAUUGUAGCAUUUUAUUGCUGAUUUAAUUAAAUUGUCUCACACAUCUGA